AUGUUUCAAGAACAGAUAUAUAAUCAACAUAUUAAUAGUAUUAGUAGUUUAUCAGAUUAUAAAACAGGAUUAGAUUUACUGAAUGAACAUUCACAACACAUCAUAUCGUUUUGUAUGGAGUUGGAUCAGAAGCUGGGUGGCGGUAUACCACUCCGUAAGAUGACAGAGUUCUGUGGUGUACCCGGUGUUGGCAAGACUCAGAUGUCACUGCAGCUGGCCGUCAACUGCUGUUUGCCUGUCGAAUUUGGUGGUGUCGCUGGCAAAACCAUCUACAUCGAUACCGAAGGAAGUUUCAGUGUGACGCGUCUGCGUCAGAUGGCACUGGCACUCUGUGAACAUCUAGAGUUAAUCUCCAAAGACAACAGCAAUAACAACAACAACAAUGAAACAACUGGCGGUGGUGAUGGUGUUGGUGAUGGUCGACGUAAAAUUCUCGAGAGCUUCACUGCCAAUCAUAUUUUGGAAUCGAUUUACUAUUAUCGUGUUCACCACUAUUUGGAGCAGCUGGCGCUAGUCAAUAUGCUACCUUCGAUUCUCCAGGCGCGUAGCGAUGUCCGGUUGAUUGUGAUCGAUAGCAUUACCUGUCCGUUUCGCCGACACUUUCAAGAUAUUGCGCAGCGCACCAGAGUGUUGACGCAGCUGGCGACAAACUUGCUCUCGAUUGCUCAACAAUAUAAUGUGGCGGUGGUGCUCACCAACCAUGUCUCAACGAAACUCAACAACAAAGGACAGUCACAAUUGAUGCCAUCGUUUGGCGAUGCUCUCGGACACAUCUGCACCAACCGAAUCUUCCUCUACUACAAACAAAACAAACGAUUCUGCUAUCUCUACAAAUCACUUCCAUUUCAAGGUCUGGAAAGUCAGUUCAACAUCGACGAACACGGAAUCAGAGGAAUAAUAACUGAAGUUGACCAGCAACAAGAUAAUGAAGAUGAUGAUAAUGAUGAAGACAAUAAUCAACAACAGCAUAAUAUAAGGAGUAGGAAUAAGCAAUUACCAAUUUAUAAAGUAAAUAAAAUAGUAAUAAUAUUAUCAUCAUAUCACAUUGUAAUUACAAUAAAGAUCAAUCUUGUUGUUUGUUCACAACAACAACAACAACAACAACAACAACAACAACAACAACAACAACAACAACAACAACAACAACAACAACAACAAUACAAAUCUAAUUUGAAAUUGAAAACUCCAUAUCGAUAG